AUGCCUGCCGAGCGUACGUCCAAGAAAGCUCUCCGACAGACUACGUUGUUUGGCUUCACGAAGGCAGCACCGCGACCAACAACUAAACCGUCGGAUGAGGCCCCCGCGUCGGAUGUGCCGGUCGCGCGGGACGAGACUCCCGAAUCGGACGAAGCGGUCGAGUUUGACGCGCCAGACGUGUCGAAACUGUCGCGCGUUGCUCCCCCACCACCAACGAACACCAAGCGGAAGGGGAAAUCCAAGGCCAUCAAGGAGGACCGCGUCUUGACCGACGUGCUACUGUCUAUCAAGCCCGAGUUCACGAAGCUCAUCUCGGAACGGAAGAAGAAUCACGAGUAUCGCAAGUACAAACUGCAAGACACCGUAGUGCGGCUAUGGCUGUACGAAACAGCUCCUACCUCCGCGAUUACAUACGUUAUGGAAACCUCGCGUCCUAAAGUACCCGGAGAGGUCAACGACUCGUCCGGGAUCGGAAAUGACGACUUCGACAACGGAUUGAAGCAGUCGAAGUACGGCUAUCCAGUUGAAGCGCUAUACAAGCUCAGGGACCCGGUGACAACGGCCAAGCUCAAGGAGCGCUUUGAUAUUGCAGUCCCACAAGGCUGGCGAUACGCGACGAAGAAGCUCGUGGAAGGGGAGAAGCUGGAGGACAUGGAGAAGCUUUUCUGACCUGAUAUCCACCUGCGACCCAGCUAAAAGUUGGACUGCCGUUAUGUAUACCCUUUAGGAGAGCUUGGGGCUUCUUGGUUGGAUUUGUACAGUUUUGAUGCUCUCGCAAUUGCUCUACUGAUAUACUCUCUGGAUGAAUCUGGAUAUCUCUAGUGUUUGAGGUCACGCAGACGCGACAACCCAUAAUACAGAGACAGUCAAACGAAUUGUUAA